AUGAAGGCAAAUUAUUUCUCCGUUGUUGUUAUCUUCUCAUUGUUCUUCAUCUAUGGGUGUUAUGCAACCAAAUUAUUAAUAAAGAAUAAUUGUCCUCACAAAAUUUGGCCAGCUACACAAAGUGGGACCGGUGAAGGAGCGGCGAUUCCAACAGGAUUUCGAUUAGCAUCAAGAGGAACAAAAAAAUUCAAUUUACCAAAUCCAUGGUCAGGAAGAAUAUGGGCAAGACAUCUUUGCUCCUAUUCUGGUCAAAAUUUCACUUGCCUUACCGGAGAUUGCAGGAGCGGCUCAAUAGAAUGCGAUGGUGCUGGUGGUACUCCACCAGCAACCCUAGUACAGUUUACAAUAGCAAAUACGUCUGAUGAAAAAGACUUUUACUCUGUUAGCAUUGUCGAUGGCUUCAAUUUACCCGUCUCUGUUACGCCUAUAAAUAGACCUGAUUGCGGGAUAGCAGAUUGUCUUGUAAAUCUUAAAGACGCACAUUGUGGAAAUCAAGUUGAAUUAGAAGUACGAGAUCAAAAUGAGACAGUAAUCGGGUGCAAAAGCGGAUGCUCAGCGUUUAAUCGUGAUGAUUUGUGUUGUACUGGUGCAUAUAAUUCUCCCCAGACUUGCAAGCCAUCUAUUUACUCUUUAACACUCAAAAAAUUGUGUGAUAAAGCUAUUACUUAUCCCUAUGAUGAUGAAACUUUAUUUACAUGUAGUGGAGGAGCCAACUACAAAAUUACCUUUUGUCCAUGGGGACAAGAGUAG